AUAAGUUUGUCUCUACACACCCUUCUGUCUGACCUAUCGAAGCAUUUCCCCGCCUCACACGGACUUCAUUUCCCACAAUCCCACGUUGGUCUCUCGUCCUUGUGAAGCAGUUUUCUACUGCAGCAGUAAACGGACUUUAAGGCGUGUUCUUAAUAUGUGACAGGCAGCGUCUUCGUUACAUUAAUGUAUUUGAUCAAGUUUCAUGUCAAGACGUAAUAUUUUCGGAGUGGUAAACUCGACGGAGCGUUAAUGUAAGGGGCUGCUAGUGGCUAGCUAACAUUGUUUUGCGCUUUAGAAUAAAAGAAUCGCACACAAACCUUAACGCUGGUGGCAGCUUUGUUAAGAUGGGCCUGUCUUCAUACAACUUUGCAAAGUGUGGCAGUUGCUUAAAGGCAUUGUGGUCACCUGGGUGGUGGAAUACAUGAAUACGCUCAGUGACAGCAGAGUGUAGUCCUUGGGGAUGGGGAGAGAAGUCCAGGAGCAACAGGCAAAGCUCACGCUGCCGCUAACUUCCUCCGAUCAGCCACAAAAGAGCAAAGAGGACUUGAAGCAGAGUCGGUCUGUUCUCAGCUCACUCUUCUCAGGGGCUGUAGCAGGAGCCGUAAGCAAGACAGCUGUUGCCCCCUUGGACAGAACAAAAAUCAUCUUUCAAGUGUCCUCAGCAAGGUUCUCUGCCAAGGAAGCCUACAAGCUGAUCUACCGCACCUACCUGAAGGAUGGCUUCUUUAGUUUGUUUAGGGGGAAUUCUGCCAACAUGGUGAGAGUUAUCCCAUAUGCUGCCAUUCAGUUCUGCGCACACGAACAAUACAAGAAGGUGCUGGGAGCGUAUUAUGGCUUUCAGGGGAAAGCCCUACCUCCUGUUCAACGCUUUCUGGCAGGGUCUAUGGCUGGUGCCACAGGAGUGAUGAUGAUGUAUCCCCUGGACAUGGUGCGAGCAAGGAUGGCUGUAACGCGAAAGGAAAUGUACAGUAACAUUGUGCAUGUGUUUGUGCGGAUCUCUCGUGAAGAGGGCGUGAAGACGUUGUAUCGAGGAUUUGCGCCCACAUUGGUGGGUGUCGUGCCUUACGCUGGUCUCAGCUUUUUUACCUUUGAGACGCUAAAAAGCUUACAUGCAGAGCGAACUGGACGUCCGCGGCCUUCCCCAUAUGAGUUUCUGGCCUUCGGAGCCUGUGCUGGCUUCAUUAGCCAGACUGCAUCUUAUCCUUUGGAUGUGGUGCGACGACGUAUGCAGACUGCAGGGGUCACUGGUCAAACUUACAGCUCCAUUGUUGGUACCAUGAGGGUGGUUGUGGCUGAGGAGGGGUUUAUUCGUGGGCUUUACAAAGGCCUCAGCAUGAACUGGGUCAAAGGGCCCAUUGCUGUGGGGAUCAGCUACACCACCUUUGAGCUGACUCAAAUUCUUCUCAGGAAACUGCAUAAAAGGGGAUAUGUACCAUAGUAGUGCUAAGAAUGACAGUGGAAUUGCAGGAAGUGAUGAUCCUUAUGUGAGCUGUGACAAGUAGUACAGUGUGUGUCAUGGGUAGAACACAAACACACUGGUUCAGGGUACUUGCAUAAUAUUAACGCAUAUUCUUACUUGUGUGCAGGAGAGCUUAGCAUCUAUGUAGUGUGGCACACUCGUGCCACACUACACGAGUUAUAGCCCAACACUACAGUUGGGCUAUAACUACUGACAGUUUUUAUGUAAUAGCUGUCUGACAUACUGGAGUUGAACUGAAAUAAUUGCUAUGAGCUCAGAGUAAAGAUGAAAUGAUAAAUUGGUACUUUUAAUGUUUGGUUGUAGAUGCUUUGCUCUGAAUGACAGUCUGAACUCUAGAUUCUGUAGACAUCACCAGGUGAUGGUUUUCUUUGGAUUAGCUGUAAUGUCACUGACUUGGAUAUUGCACAGCUAGAAGGGACACUCUGAGCAUGUCCCUCUCCCGAGGUAAUGGUGUCUAACUGUUAUUACCUGCACCAUCCGAUGGAAGAGGUUUAUAGAGUACACAGGUUUUUUCUGCAGAAUAUGUUUAGAUCUUUUCGAUUUCACAAGGUUGAGUCUUCAGAUCAUACUAUUGUG